UUUUUAGCUUUAGGGUUAGGGUUUGAGCCUUGUUUAAAGGGCAUCGAGGAACGCUCAAUUUUCUCUCUUUGUUUGCCCUUUCACGCUUUCUCUCUCUCUCUUUCUCUAGAAUUUUCAGAUUUGCUGGAAGAGAUGAUGCACCAAGGACCUGGUAUGGCUCCACCCAGCAUGGGGCAGCAACAGUACCAGCAGCCACAGCAUCAGCAACAACCCUACGUCAUGAUGCCACCGCAGCCUCAGGCGCCGCCGCCCAUGUGGGCCCCCUCCGCCCAGGCUCCGCCUCAAUCCUCUCAUCCCGCCAGCGCCGAUGAGAUCCGUACCCUUUGGAUCGGCGAUUUGCAGUACUGGAUGGACGAGAACUACCUCUAUACCUGCUUUGCUCACAGCGGCGAGGUGACCUCUGUGAAAGUUAUUAGGAAUAAGCAAACUAGUCAGUCGGAAGGUUAUGGGUUUAUUGAGUUUAGUAGUCGUGCUGGUGCUGAGAGAGUGCUUCAAACAUAUAAUGGAGCCAUUAUGCCAAAUGGUGGGAUGAAUUUCAGAUUGAAUUGGGCAACUUUCAGUGCCGGUGAGAGACGUCAUGAUGAUAGUCCUGAUCACACCAUAUUUGUUGGUGACUUGGCUGCGGAUGUUACUGAUUACCUCCUUCAGGAGACAUUUAGGUCUCGUUAUAACUCAGUGAAGGGAGCAAAAGUUGUGAUUGAUAGGGGCACUGGCCGGACUAAGGGUUAUGGUUUUGUGAGAUUUGCAGAUGAAAGUGAGCAACUGCGGGCUAUGACUGAGAUGCAGGGGGUCCUUUGUUCAACAAGACCCAUGAGGAUUGGACCAGCCACUAAUAAAAACCUUGGCACUCAGCCAAAAGCUUCAUAUCAGAAUCCUCAAGGCUCACAGAACGAGAAUGAUCCAAAUAAUACAACUAUUUUUGUUGGCAAUUUGGAUCCUAAUGUGACUGAUGAUCACUUAAGGCAAGUUUUCAGCCAGUAUGGAGAAUUAGUUCAUGUGAAGAUUCCAGCAGGGAAGCGAUGUGGGUUUGUCCAAUUUGCAGACAGGAACUGUGCAGAAGAGGCACUGCGGAUUUUAAAUGGAACACUGUUGGGUGGACAAAACGUUCGUCUUUCAUGGGGACGCAGUCCUUCAAACAAACAGGCUCAGGGAGAUACGAACCAGUGGAAUGGCGGUGGUGGUGGUGGUGGUGGAUAUUAUGGAUAUGCUCAAGGUUAUGAAAAUUAUGGUUAUGCUCCUGCUGGACAGGAUCCUAAUAUGUAUGGCAGUUAUCCGGGUUAUGCGAGUUACCAACCACAGCAGCAACAGCAGCAAAUAGGAUUUAGUUAAGAAGUCACUGCUAUAUAUUUCUAAUCUUCUGUGAUCGUAUGAUACUGAGUUGCUUAUCUAUUCUCGUCUCUCGUGGGACACCGACUCUGCAUCUCUUUUCUUUUUUCCCUUUCGAUUGCUUAUAACAUUACAAUUUUAUGAGAACCGUCUUUUGUAUCCAUAAAAAGUUUGCUUGCUGAAUACUUAUUUGAUGUUUAGAUUUGAUGAAA